AUGAAAACUCUCCUGAAAAUCAAUAUACUAAUAAUAUCCAUAUCGUUAUUCAAUCCUCAUCUUGCCUUCGACUAUUGCGAAUUAUGCAAACAAGGAACUCAUACCAUUUGCCGAUAUAAAGAAGGGCCGUCGGAAAAUUGCAUGGAAUACAAAAAACCAGAGGUAACGUCCAAAGUGAAAAAGUAUAUUGUAGAUAUCCAUAACGAUAUCAGAAACCACGUAGCUUCGGGACAAGAGACUAGAGGUACUUUGGGACGGCAACCAACAGCCUCAAACAUGAACAUUCUUCAGUGGGACGAUGAAUUAGCUGAGAUAGCACAAAGAUGGGCAGAUCAGUGCCUAGGGUUGGAUGAUGAAUUGCAACAUGAUGAAUGUAGAAAAACAAACCGUUUUGAUGUUGGUCAAAAUGUUUUAACAGCUCUUACUCCAACACUAGAAGUUCCCGAAAUCUCCAUUCUCAUUUUAAAUUGGUACAAACAGGUUGAAAAUAUCUUACCAUCUGAUUUAGAGACAUUUUCUGUGAUAAAAAGAGGACAAUACAUUAUUGGACAAUACACUCAAUUGAUUUGGGCCGAAACUAAGUUUCUUGGAUGCGGCAUAGCGACAUUUCGGAACAAAAAUAUUAGCAAUUCCAAAGCAAGAUACCUUCACCGAUUAGUAUGCGAUUACGGACCUAGAGGAAAUGUGAUUGGCAGUUCGGUUUAUAGCAAAGGUGCUCCAUGCACGAAAUGCCCUUCUGCCAAAUGUGAUUCAGUUAAAACCAGUUUAUGCAGAGCAAUAGAAGACUCAUAUAAACAAAAUAAGUCUUCGACAAAGGUUAAUCCAUCUUUUGAUCUAGAAGUUCCAAUUUCGUUAUUCAAUACUCUCAGUCUCGGAUUUAUAUUGCAAAAUAAUUUAUCUGAAGUAAUUAAUAAUGUUGUGGAGAAAGUAGAUAUUCAUUAUGAUCCUAAUAACCAAAAUAAUAAUUUUAUCACUAAUAAUAAUGCUGAUUUGAAAGAAAUUUUAGGCCUAUUAACAAAAAUCAUGUUACAACUGAAUUUAAGCAAACCUUUGGAUUUUUCAAGUGAACUAAAAACAUCAAAUAUUUUGUAUAGUAAUAAGCAAAUUUUCAGACUGGACUCUGGAGAAAUUAUCGUAGAUGAUUGUAGAAAUCACAUAAAUCAGUGUCAAUAUUAUGAAGAUGAUAAUGGUGCCAUUCAAACGGUUCUAAAAGAAAAUAUUUUAUUGCCGAAUAACAUAAUGUACAAACGAAUUGAUGGAAUAUGGUUUCAUGGAAGAUGCAGGUGCAACUACGUUUUCAGGUCAAAUGGAGUUUUUGUAAAUUGCAUAAAAAAAUUAUUAAUUUUAGUGACAUGUUUAAAUUUACUUAUAUAA